AGAUCAAGAUGAUGCAAAUAUACAACAGGGUCAAGAGCUAUGCUCUUCGAACUGGACCAUUCCUGUACGAUCUGCGGUUCUUGAUUGCAGGCUUUGGAAUCACAUACUACGGAAUUUCGAAGAUUGCUUCCGCAGGCGGUAAAAAGAGUAAGUAUUUUAAGUAACAGAUUUUAAUAUUUAGCCCUGUACGUUUUAUAUCCGUCCAGACACAAAUAUGUACACGCGUUUAAAACUGUGAAAUUUAUUUGAGACCAAUAUUUUUAAAAUUUAAGCCUUAAGAUUACACUGUACCUCCACAUGUAUUUACAAUUUCUGUCCGUGCCCCCUCACGGAUUUAAAAAUGGCGACGAUCUUCUGAAAUCGAGACACUUUUGUAAUUCUGGAUUUGCUUAAUUUCCUUUAUAAAGUUGAAGUUUGAAAAUGUUUUAAAUGUACAGUGUAAAUUCAAUUAAAAGAGCGAAGUGCCUGUUAUCACUGCCGAAAAUGAUGGUGAAAAUCUGUUACUAGCUGUAAGUUAUUUUAGGAGUUGUAUAUGCAUUAAAUAUGCUGUAAACAAUAUAAGAAAGAGAGAGAGAGUAGACUUUACCUAUAGCAUUUACAUGUGUAAGAUUUAAUUUCAGUUACUGCAAAUUGCAUGUUCCCUGCCAGCUACACUAUACUGAGAAAGAAACCAUUGUCAACGGGGUUUUUGCCAGAUAUUCUAAGUUCAUCAACUGCUUAAUGACAAAAUCAUAAUGCAACAAUUAUUCUGACUUCUAAUACAUGUUAUUUUCUAAUGUUCAGGGCUCAAAGUUUAAAUUUGAGUUUGGGAGCACUUGUGCUACCAGAUGUAAAUUUUUAGGCACACAGCUGAAAAUUUUAGGAGCACAGCUUAUAAUGUUGGGAGCAGUGCCACCUUUAUUUGUCAUCUUCAGUUUGUUACUUUUACUUCAGUCCUGUGAUUGAUAAAACAGAAACCGAUUUGCUAUGCAGUAAUACCAUUGUGAUUUUUAAUACUAAUUUCUCUUUUUGACAGUACAGUUGUGACUAAAGAAAACUUACACUUGAAAAACAAUUCAAAACUGACAACAAUGAGUGUGUCGAACGAGAAUGAAACUUAAUCUUUAAUGAAUUUGUUAAAUGCGCAAUGACUUACAUGUAACUGGAAUACAACUUAAAAAACUUUCUUACCUGGAAAAAAAGGCUCUUAAUAUUCCGCACUGUUUUUGUUUUUAUUGACAUUAAAACUGAACGUUCUACAUGAUCGUCCAUUGUGCAAAAAGUAUGUGUUUUUGCCAUCAGCGUACGGGAAAAAUUUUGUUAGGGGGGCUGAACAUAAUUUGCCCGAAUGAAAUUUGUUGGUCCCAGAUGCACAAGAUGAUUCUUUCGUGAUGUCAAGUUGCGCACAAAACGUCCUGGUCAUUGCCCUCAAACCUUGAUUGAAGUUCACUGACGACUUUGUCAAUACAUGUGUAAUAAACUGUGAUACGAAAGUGGUCUUUUGCUGUCUGUUGUGAGCUGUCGUUCGCUGCAGCAGGUGUCUCACCUUACUGUGUCGUUGCCCGAGUGGUACAUCAGUUUUGCCCGAAUAAUGCUAUUUUUUUUCCGAAAGGGGGGGCUGCAGCCCCCCAGCCCCCCCAGCCCCCCCGCCCCAUACGCUGAUGUGUUUCGCUCGUAGCAUACAUUUGCAUGUGUCAGUGGUGUUUAUUACAAAACAGAAGAGUCUGGGAUGGAGUAAAACAUCAAAACGAAAAAGAAGAUUCAAGUUCGUAGAAUCCAUUGGGAGAAAAGACCAAUUAAACAUACACCGUCUUUCUAGUUCGAGUUCGUAAGUAUAGUCGGAAGUAAGUCAGUCGCACUGUGCUUUGGGUUUUAUGGCGCACAGGUGCAAUUACACAUGAAUUUUUAGGUGCACAACCAAAAAUCCAGUCGCAUAUGCGACAAGUUAGUCGCUAACUUUGAGCCCUGAUGUUUAUUAAGAAAUGUAUUUUUAUGACCUUUAACUGGAAUCUUUUCUAUUUUUUGCAGAGGCAAUUGAAGGACAUGGUAAGAUCAGUUUCAUUUCAGUGAUGACUAAUACUGUCUUGUAUCUGCACAUUUAGCCAUUUUAUAUAAAGCUAUUUCUAGAAAGGUUGUAGGAAAAAAUGUGCACGUGACAAUCAAUAUGGUCAAUACACUGUUCCUGACACUGUAGCUGUCAAAGCUACUUUUAUUGCUUUCCUUUAGCACUCACAAACAUAUAUCCAUGGCCUCUCAUGCCAUUCUUUUAAAUUUCUCUGAAGAACAAUGAACUCAAAACCACCCACAAUACCUUUUGUGAUUGUCGCAUGCACUCUUUCCGACCACCUUUCUCGAAAUAGGUACAUGUAUAUGUACAAGUACAUGUGCACCACAGGCCAAUAAUAUUAAAAGAAGAACAGUGCCAGUAGAUACAGAUCCUAGAAAUUUGGAUGCCUUUUGAUACAUUUUACAUACACAUAGUGCUGGCUGGUAACUGGUUCAUGUAAGUGCACUAAAUACCAAAGUUCAAAUCAUUUCUUGUCCUCUGUAGUGUCCUCCAUAGGGCGAUGUCUACAAGGUAAUCCACCUUAGAGAAUUGUCCAACUUAUGGGGGUAUCUGUCAUAGGAAGUGUCCUGGCACCUUACAAAAUAAUAUAGCCACCUCAAAAGCAUGUCCCAGGAGUGCAAUAGUCCCUUUUACAGUCUUUGUAAACUUCUUAUAAAGACUGCCAAGCAAAUAUCCAUCAACACUACUGGAAAGAAAAGAGUGCCCUGAGUUAGAAAAUUUCUCAAGUUUAAAGUGAUAGGACCAGAGUGUGUGAAGAUAUUGCUUAACAAAGUCACAAAACUUUAUAGCUGUUUGUUCAUGCCACACCCCACCCCCUUCCAUACAAAGUUUUCUGGGCUUCAUCUUGACUACUUUUCAACAAAUCACUUUUAAACUUGGCAGCUUGACUGAUUUGAAGGCAUUCUUUCAGCCAUGUGUACAGAUUUUCCCUGACUGGUCAGCAGUGUAAGGUUGAAACAAAUUUUUGAUUUUGGAAGUUGGAAAGUUGCCUUAAUUCAACAUUUCGCAUUGUGCCAACUAUUGCUGUCAUGAUGAAAGAGCCAGGACUGGAAACCAAACAAAAUCUUUUCAUAGAACUUCUUACCCCUCGCCUUAACCCAUUCGCUCCUGGAGAUUUUGCCGAAAAACGCGUUUUGAAGCUAGUCGAGUGGUUUUCUGGUCACUGUCGUGCUAUAAAGAGCUAAAACUUACCACAAACCAGUUUACAGGUCGUACACUUGGCGGCCUUCUGAUCCAGAUGCAAAAUAUCAGCUUACGAAGUUCGGGCAUGCGCAGAAAGCAAAAUUUCGACAUAGUUUUUGGGUUUAAAAGUGACACAGCAGUCUUGACUUUUACUUUCCGCUUUCUCUCCUCCCUUCUUUUUUCGCUUUUCUUGCCUCAUUUUUUUUUUCUCUUGCUGGGCAUUUAGUAGGCUUCAUUUUGGUGGGAAGAGUUUUUAGGAAAGCUUUUAGGAUCUUAGGAUUAGGUGAAAGGAAAGGUAGGUGGGUAAUGGAACAAGAUUUUCAUGGAGAUUUUCAGGUCCUUGUCACGUGGUUUUUUGCUUCUUUCUCCGGUGUCCUUGACUGAAUUGUGCUCAUUCUGGUAUGGUUUGAAAGAUCUCUUCACUCUGCACAAGUUAGCGAAGAAAGUUGUCCUUGACCGUUAAAACUGAUGACGUCACAAAGGGUAGAAAGGACCUGGAUCCGCACGGGCGGUUACGGGCGGUUCAGGGGCGAAUGGGUUAAUCAAAAAACCUAAAAAUGGCCUUUUACCAACUUUUUCACCUGAUUUUACAUGAAAUAGACAGAUUUGGUUGUUUUAUGCUGAAAAGUGGAUUUUUUUCAAAAAGCUUGGUACUCUGCUUAACCCAUUCGCUCCUGGAGAUUUUGCCGAAAAACGCGUUUUGAAGCUAGUCGAGUGGUUUUCUGGUCACUGUCAUGCUAUAAAGAGCUAAAACUUACCACAAACCGGUUUACAGGUCGUACACUUGGCGGCCUUCUGAUCCAGAUGCAAAAUAUCAGCUUACGAAGUUCGGGCAUGCGCAGAAAGCAAAAUUUCGACAUAGUUUUUGGGUUUAAAAGUGACACAGCAGUCUUGACUUUUACUUUCCGCUUUCUCUCCUCCCUUCUUUUUUCGCUUUUCUUGCCUCAUUUUUUUUUCUCUUGCUAGGCAUUUAGUAGGCUUCAUUUUGGUGGGAAGAGUUUUUAGGAAAGCUUUUAGGAUCUUAGGAUUAGGUGAAAGGAAAGGUAGGUGGGUAAUGGAACAAGAUUUUCAUGGAGAUUUUCAGGUCCUUGUCACGUGGUUUUUUGCUUCUUUCUCCAGUGUCCUUGACUGAAUUGUGCUCAUUCUGGUAUGGUUUGAAAGAUCUCUUCACCCUGCACAAGUUAGCGAAGAAAGUUGUCCUUGACCGUUAAAACUAAUGACGUCACAAAGGGUAGAAAGGACCUGGAUCCGCACGGGCGGUUACGGGCGGUUCAGGGGCGAAUGGGUUAAGAGACAUUCAGUGGUGCCCAACAGGAAUGACUGGCUUAGUAAUUAUGUGAGGUGUCACCUGAAAUGAGUCCUUGUGUGUGUUUGUCUAUUCUUCAGUGUUUUUUGUCUUGUAUGUUCAGCAUAAUUGUUCAAUUUUUUCAAAUUGUUGAUUAUUGAUUUUCCUUUGCUACUAAUUUAAGAUUCAUGAUCAUGAGUAAUUAAGGUUAAGAGAACCAAAAAAAUAUGAAUAAUCAUCCCAGAUAAAAAAAAUUACUUGAAUUAUUUAAUUCUGACCCCCGAUGUAGGCUUCUAAAUUAAUAAUCGAGUGCAACCUGGCUUACACAAGUAAUAUUUUAUUCACAUGUUAUGUGAGUUAGUUUAUUGUGUAAGUCAUGUAACUCUUGUGUGAAGUGACUUGUGUUAUAAUUAUUGUGAUUGCUAAGAAGUGAGAAACUCUAGAAUUUGGUUCUCAUUUCUUAGUAGUUAUUGUACAAUAUAAUGCAAUUUACAUGUGCUUCUUUGUGUGCUGCAUGUAUUUUAAAAGUCACCUGACCGCUAAAUCUGAUGCUGUUUUCAGGAGGUCAUCAUUGAUGCUGGACAACUUACUGCAAAGCAAUGUUUCAUAAUUUUUUGAUCCAGAUACUGUAUUUAAUAUCAGAGAAGUUUGUUGGGUGAAACUUGUGCCACUGUGCGGAAGAAACUGGCAAUGGUUUUGAACAUAAUUGUGUGAUCGAUGUUACUGCUUUGUAUAUGGAUUUUGACUUGUGAGCUACCAUUGCUGUAAUUGACAAUUUUUUUUUCUUGAGUAAAAUGGGUUUGAUUG